GACGUGGUACCGGAAGCGCUUUUCCUUCCUUUGUCAGCACGCCAACGUGUUCGUGUGUUCCCGGAGUGAACUAGAGCCUGUAUGUUUGGAUAAACCUUCUUUUAUACAGUCAGUGGGAUAAACGUGUUAAAGUGGAAACUUUGGUUUCGCCUCAGACUCAUCUCCUGUUAGCCACGAAUGCUAACUGAAGUUAGCUUAGCUUGCUAGCUGGAAAUAGACGGAACUCGGCCACACAGCGCUGGUUGGAGGAACUCUGAGUCCAAACUGUGUUUUUCAUUUGUUUAAAAUGUCUAAAGUCCAGAUGCUGAGAGGUUUUAUCAACCAGCGACUAACUGCGGCUGCUGAAGAGAUAUUUGGGCUGUUUGAAAGAACGAUAUCAGAGUACGAGGAGGAACUCUGUCGUUCCAAAGAGGAGAACCAGAGACACAGGAAACUACUGGACGCUGUUUUCCAGCCUGAAGUCCGGUUACACAGAGCAGACGUCCAGCAGCUGUUGGUGAGUAAAGAAGAGGUUCCCCCUGAGCAGCAGCAGCGGUGGAGCCCCAGGCUGGACCAGGAGGACCCACCAGAGCCGCCACACAUUAAAGAGGAACAGGAGGAACUCAGGACCAGUCAGGAGGGAGAGCAGCUUCCAGGACUGGAGGAGGCUGAUAUCACCAAGUUCCCAUUCUCUCCUGUCUCUGUGAAGAGUGAAGAAGAGGAUGAAGAGCAGCCUCAGUCCUCACAGCUUCAUCAAAGCCAAACUGAAGAGAACAGAGAUGCAGAUCAUUUGAAAACAGAAGCUGAUGGAGAGGACUGUGGAGGACCAGAACCAGCCAGGAACUUUAACCCAGAUAGUCCUUUACAACCAGAUACUCAUGGCCAGACUUCACUCUGCUCUGAACCUGAGACUGAUUACAGUUGUGAUUGGGAGGAGACCAGGGAACCUCAGCCAGGUUUAAACCCUCUGCAAAACAAUGAAGUACCUGUAAGUGAUCAGGAAUGUAAUACUGGAGAAACAUCAGUUAGCUCCUCUGAAUGUGCUGCAAGAUUUGGCCACAGGGAACAUUUGCAGGACCACAAUGGAACCCAAACAGGAGGGAAACCAUUUAGUUGCUCAGUUUGUGGUAAAAGAUUAAAAACAAAGGCAAAUCUGAGACGACACUCUGAAGUCCACACAGGGGAGAAACCAUUUAGCUGCUCAGUUUGUGGUAAAAGAUUCACACAAAAGGGAACUCUGAGACGACACUCUACAAUCCACACAGGGGAGAAACCAUUUAGUUGCUUAAUUUGUGGUAAAGGUUUCACACAAAAGGCACAUUUGAGACUACACUCUACAGUCCACACAGGGGAGAAACCAUUUAGCUGCUCAGUUUGUGGUAAAAGAUUCACAGAAAAGGGAAAUCUGAGACGACACUCUACAGUCCACACAGGGGAGAAACCAUUUAGUUGCUCAGUUUGUGGUAAAAGAUUCAUAGAAAAGGGAAAUCUGAGACGACAUUCUACAGUCCACACAGGGGAGAAACCAUUUAGUUGCUCAGUUUGUGGUAAAGGAUUCACAGAAAAGGGAACUCUGAGACUACAUUCCAAAGUCCACACAGGGGAGAAACCAUUUAGCUGCUCAGUCUGUGGAAAAAGAUUCACACAAAAUGGAAAUCUGAGACUACACUCCAAAGUCCACACAGGGGAGAAACCAUUUAGCUGCUCAGUUUGUGGUAAAAGAUUCACAGAAAAGGGAAAUCUAAGACGACACUCCAAAGUCCACACAGGGGAGAAACCAUUUAACUGCUCAGUUUGUGGUAAAAGAUUCACAGAAAAGGGAAAUCUGAGACUGCACUCAAAAUUACACACAGGGGAGAAACCAUUUAGCUGCUCAGUUUGUGGUAAAAGAUUCACAGAAAACGGAAAUCUGAGACGACACUCUAUAGUCCACACAGGGGAGAAACCAUUUAGUUGCUCAGUUUGUGGUAAAAGUUUCACACAAAAGGGAACUCUGAGACAACACUCAAAAGUCCACACAGGGGAGAAACCAUUUAGCUGCUCAGUUUGUGGUAAAAGAUUCACGCAAAAGGGAACUCUGAGACAACACUCUAUAGUCCACACAGGGGAGAAACCAUUUAGCUGCUCAGUUUGUGGUAAAAGAUUCACGCAAAAGGGAACUCUGAGACAACACUCAAAAGUCCACACUGGAUAAACAUUUUAGCUCCAAUGUUUGUGGUAAAAUAUUCACGUGGCUGGCUUCAAGUGUGUUGGUGGGAUCAACGCUGCUUCUUGAACAUUGAUCAGCUAAAAGUUGUGUUCAGCCACAUGUUUUCCUGGCAUAGUGUAUAAUAAUACAUGUUCAUUGUUUUAAAAUGUG